CGGGAGCGCGGCCGUGUGGAGCGGCCCGCCAUGGCAGGCGGCCGGCGGUGGGGUGAAGCGCUGCUCCGCGCCGGGCUGGCCGCGCUCCUCUGCGCCCUCCAUGUGCAGGCUGCUUGUCAGGAUGCCACCGUCACGCAGGAGCUUCUGAAGGAGGGGUUUCACAGGGACCUGCUGGUGAAGGUGGAACUCGGUGUAGUGGAGGAGGAUGCAGCAGGGUGCACAGUGGCAGCUAGAACUCGUCUUCCAGCAGGAAUCUACGUGGAUCCCUACGAGCUGGCAUCGCUGCAGCAGCACAAUUUAACGAAGGCAGUGUUAAUUCCUGAUGUCAUCGAUGUGGAGGCUCCAGAGUACUUGGCUACAGAUCUUCUUGUUCUCCUGUACAUGGAACCCGACCCUCGGUGCUCUCGCUGUUUUAGAGCGGCCUUGCCUGUGCACGGGCGGUACCACCGGCCGGCAGAAGAGAGUGAGGAAGCGCUGGUUGUUCUGAAGAGCCCCGAAGUACUGGUCUGCUGCUGUGACAAUCGCCUGCGAAGAGAGUGUUGGAAGCCUGCUGAAGCGGAAGCUCCCUGCUCAGGCAAAACCAAUGGCCCCUGUCAGUGGUACAGUGUAACGCACAAACCUACAUAUGAGGAAUCAAUUCUGCAGGUUCCAGUGGGGCUCAGGCAACAUAGUUCCUUAGUGUGUGUCCUGACUCUUCUUGCUACGGUGCUCUGUUCCAGUCUGAUUCUCGCAGCCGUAUGCAAAUACGGACACUUCUCCCCGGUGACCUGCUCAGAAUGAAAAAAUACGGAAUGACUGACCUCCGUGCAGCAAAACUCACUGAAUAUUACAUCAGCUUUCCACAUGAGUCCUACCCUACUGUUAGUUACAUCUUGCUAAUGUGCGAGAGUCCCAUAAUGGGUAAAAGUUCCCUUGGCCGAAUUCUUACAAACACCUUUCACACGCCAGAAGACUGUUUUGGUGCAUUGUCCAUAGACAAAGCAGGAGGAGAGUAGGAAUAGCGCUGCAAAAAACCAGAAGGACUGCCAUGGGCAAUGCAGCAAUAGUCAGGAGCAAAGUCUCGGUCUCCUCCUCCUUGCUCGGAUCCUGCUUCGAUUACAGCACUGCUUCUUGCAGAGCUGUUUAUACUUCUUCAAUUUAAACCAACGGACUUGGUGAUUGGUUAUUAUGGGUAUGAAAAACAUCAGCUAGUCAUUAAAGUUUCUGAAUUUUAAGCUUGUUGUCCAGAUGGGUUACAUAUGAAUUUGUGAAGAGAUAUUCUGUGCUUACCUGGGACAGGAGAAGGCUUAAAUAAUCUCUCCCAUUCUAAUAACUAGGAGGAAUUAGCUGCUCUUGGUCAAAUUGGAAUUGAAAGGGUUUAGAAAAUUUGAAAGAAAUUUCACCCUAUUUCAGAAGUGGAAAGAGUAGCACUUGGAAGAUGAAAUUUGGUGAAAAGAUACUAACCAGAAGCAAGUAUUUAGAAGAUUCACAUUCAGCCGUCAGAACAGCUGAUGAAUACAAGGAAAUGGAGAGGAAAUUACUUCAUGGAAAACCCGAGUUACUCUGGAUUGGCAGAAGAGCUUGGUUGAUAAUUGUCAGUAGGUGGCAUUGUGACCUUACAGUAACUUCUGGGGACUGCUGGUGGAGAAAAUAGGUUUUAUUCCCUAUAAGCUGAGAGUGAGUUAGUAAAAGCAGGUGAUUUUGGGGAGUGCGUGUGUGAGGGGGAUGAAUGAAAAUCUUGGUUUUCAAAUUCUGUCCUCCUUUUGAGGGCUCUGUGCGCAGCCGAGACUUCUCAUCAGCAGAAUCGGCCUUUCAUUGCUGUCCAGCUGUCACUUCAGGAUCCCUUGGGCAUCUUUCUUCUGCUGGAAUUCAAUAGAGAGCUCGUCUUGUGACUUCACCCACGACAGGUUGGCAAGUGCUCUCACACUAGGCUCUUGUUUUCCCUUGACUGUGCUGAAUGAUGAUGGCUGCGCCAGUACUUCAUCCACUACCUCAGAGGAGUCACGCACUGCAUCUGCUGGGGGGAAGGGAGAAAUUAAAAGAGAACAAUUGCAGAGAGAUUGAGUGGCCUGGUUAACCACAUCAGCGCAGCAGGGCUGUGGACUGAUAUCGGAAUGCUUGUCUCCGAGUGGGAUUUUUAAUUCCCAGAGUUGAGUUUGGUCUUGUGCUCUCUACGGGUAAGUAAUUCUGUGUUGUGGUCUGACCCUCAGAAUGGUGACAUCCCAGAUGGCCACUUAACUCUGGCAGGUCUUUAUCACCUGAAAGCUCACAGUCUGUUUUUUUUAACAUCAGAUAAUACCAGUUGAAAAUCACAGGUGGAAUUCCUUAGCUAAAACAAGCUGCCUGCUAUCACAGCAUCUGAAGAGCACCUUAAUGUCCUUGUCACCCAAAAUCAGCAUCCAGCCUCCAAACUGAAAACAUCCAGCCCCUGCUCCCAGGCCAAAGGUGCCAGCCCCAAAAUGGGGGCCUGGCCUCACACUUCCCUCAGCGGCCCUCACACAGCCCCACUCACAUCGGGGCUGCGGGCUCCCCUUAACACGUAACAGUUCCCUACCUCACUCCGUCCCUCCAACAGUUCUAUCCAGACAGGUAAGUUCUCAGAUGUGAGGAGAGCAAACCCAGCAGAAAGCCUCAGGGAAAAGGACCUUGGAAGAACACCAUGGUCAAUCCUAGUUGUUACACAAAGAGCAGCCCUCACCCUUUGCCACCUGCAGCCCUUUUAAAAACUAAGCCCAGCCCCAUCCUCAUCACACCCAUCUGGGCUGCCAGCCCAAGCACACAGCUGUGAAGAUUUGCUUGUAAAGCACAACAGAAAUACCAGCCAUGGAGAAGUUUCUACACAGAAACUUUUCUGAGUGGUACUUUAAAAUACAUACUCACACUGGAGCUACGGAUUCGCCUAUCCACAGAAGGGGUAAAAAAAAAAAAAACAAACCCCUUACGUCCCUCUUGCCAAAAUCAGCAUCCAGUCUCCAAACUGCAAACAUCCAGUCCCUGCUCCCAGGCCAAAGGUGCCAGCCCCAAAACGGGGGCCUGGCCUCAAACCUCCCUCAGCAGCCCUUGUACAGCCCCACUCACAUUGGGGCUGCGGGCUCGCCUUAACACCUAGCAGUUCCCUACCUCUCUCUCCCCUCAACAGUCCUAUUCAUACAGCUCGUCUUAAAUGUCAGGAGAGGGAACCCACUAGAUAGCAGAAGGACUUUGUUAGAGCCACGGGCUACAGAGCAGAGGGACACACUGAAGACAGAGACAGGCUGCUGGAUAGGCAUACAUAUGCAUUUGUUAGGAGCACUGUGGGAAGAAUUAAUACCAGCUGGGGUAGGAGAACUAGAGAGGCAUAUAAAGGAGAAGUGGAAGGCAGCAUGGUACAGGGCAGUAGUGGCAGAAGAGCAAAAAUCUUGGGGGAUCCGGUCAGCCUGAAAGGGUGAUGGAGGCAGCGACAGGAAGGAGAUAGGCAGAGAUCUGGGGAAGCAUGGCAGGCAUGGGCCCGGACACACGUCUCACCACACCUCCUGGCACCCACGGGAGACCUUCACCACCCUGAGGCCUCUCUCUGCCUCCGCCCCUUGCUCUUCCACAGUGCUGGCUGCCCGACCCUCGCCCACCCAGGAGCAGGUGGUGGGUGCCUCCACACUCCUCUCCCACCAGGCUUCCAGGAUGCACCACAGCUCACACGCACAGCUGACGGACGCACCGAGCUCCCAGCGCUGUGUGCUGAAGGUGUGCACUGUCGUUGAAUGCUGGGAGGGAUCCGUCCUUGCCGCAGGGUCCGGCUGUUCCUUGUCAGAGGCAGCUGCCUGUGGUAGCCCCUUCAUUUCUCUCCUAGGCCAGCUCCCAAGGACAGGCAAGCACAGGCAGCCCCCUCCCCAGCCAGAGCCCUUGGCACAGCAGGGCCAGCCCCAGUGCCUACACAAAGAGUUGCCCUGCCCCUUCACCACCUGCAGCCCUUUUAAAAACCAGGCACAGCCCCCAUCCUAAUCAGACACACAUGGGCUGCCUACUCCCAGCACACACCUGUGAAGAUUUGUUCCUUAAUGCACAACAAAAAUGCAAGCCAGAGAGAGGAUGUUUCUAGAAGGAAACUUCCCUCAGUGGUCCUUGCACAGCCCCACUAACAUUGAGGCUGCGGGCUCCCCUAGACCCCUAGUGAAAGGAAAUGGUAAUGUCCUUUGGAUGAAUGAGAAAAAAAUGUCACAAGUGGCAAAAAUAUCUAAGUGGAUGAUUUGGAAAUCUGUGCAAGUGAGGAUGUGGGAGUGGAAACCCAUGUCAGUGGUAAGAUGCUGUGGGAGAAACUGAGGCAGGACAUGCUUGAAUUACAGGGGGCUUAGCACUGGCAGUACUAAAUAAAUAAUUGACUUCAGAACAGUUUCAGUGUGCGCUAACCAUUUUGGCUGGCACCUGGCUCACUAAAUGUAUCUAAAAUUCAUCAGAAUCCCACUGAUAAGAUUUUUAGCUGAACUUGAGUAAUACCGAUUCUGAUUAAUAUAAACUAUGAAAGAAAUCACA